CAGGACAUGAUGGUGUUUUUCUGUUUUUCCGCAAAUAUUUUGACAAAUAAUGCGCUAUUCAAAAAGAAGUAAAGGAAGCGACUCCACUGAAUCCCAGAAAUACCCUCAGUGGGCAUUAAAUCCUUCAACCUACCAGAACAUGGCAAACGAUCAAGUCGACUGGGCCGCUCUUGCUCAACAAUGGAUAAUUAUGAAAGAAGCAGGCCCUCCGCCUAUUCCGGAGGAACAACCUGUUGCAUUAAAUAACAAACCUAAAGCAAGAGCUAGCGAAGGAGGCGAAGCACCUAUGGAAGUAGAAAACGAUAAGGAAGAACCUCCCGCUUGGAAUGUAUCUGAACCACCUCCUCCACCAGGAGCGGAGGCUUGGAACUGGAACGCACAGAGUCAGUCUUGGAAUUGGAAUAAUUCUUGGGUUCAACCGAGCGGUGUUCCGCCACCCCCUACUAUAGGACCUAUGAAAUCUGCUCUAUUACCCACUCCUAAUAAUAUGUACACUGCUCCACCGGAAAGUUCAAGUGACAAUGCUGUGCCGUUUGGAGGUUACAACGCAGGUAGUAAUACCGAGUACAAUAAUACCGGCUAUUGGACCGGUUCUAACAAUCAUAAACAUAUUAAGCCCCAUAACAAAAGAUAUAGUAAAGUUAACGUACCUAUAAGAACUACGGCACCUAUUCCCCCUAUGCCGGUACCUCUUGAUACACCAGCUCCCGCUUUGGAUGCUGCCAAGAGAAAACAGUUACCCGCAUGGAUUCGAGAAGGUUUAGAGAAAAUGGAAAAAGACAAGUUAAAACAGUUAGAGAAGGAAAAAGAGAAACAAGUAAGGGACGAAUUUUUGCAAAAAAAUAAACAAACCGAAAAAGAAACAAUGGAAAUUCUAAAGAGCACAAUGAAAGAAAGGCAGAGGAGUAAAUUUGAGAGUGACGGUGAGAAUUCGGAUUCUGAAAAAGACGCCAGAAGGAAAGCGGUCACCCCCGACCCUAUCCCUCUCACACAGGAUGAACUCAUGUUGAAGGUGCGUAGAAUGAUGACGGAGAUUCUAUUGAACGUGACUAACCGUCAGAUAGAGGCGAUAUGCAAGGAGGAGCACCAGCGUUUCUUGAAAAAGUACAAAGCUUCAGAUCAUCGUUCGUCAGCACCCAGCGGUGCCAACAUUAGUGCCAGACUCGGGCUGGGUAUGUACGGUGGUGGUUCCGGCAGCAGCAGCGAGGAGGACGAUGAUGACUACCAGCGCAACGACAAAGAUUCCGACUCGGAACUGAAGGAUACAAUCAAAAGGAAAAUGGCGGACUUCCAGAAGACCGAGAGGGAGAUCGAGGAGAGGCUGGAGGAGGCAGAAAGGCGAAAGGCGGGCAGCGCGAGCAGGUCUUCUAGCCCGGAAUCUAUGGAUAACGAUUCACAGGUAGACGCAAGAGUCCAAGGCCGCAAAUAUCACACAGACGAAAAGUCUCCCCCGCGUUCUCGAAAUUUCCACGACAAGUCCCGGGCGAGGUCCUUCUCCUCGUCGUCGGAGGGUAGCGAUUACUCGAAUAACAGAUCGAAAAACAGUCGUCGUUCCUCCUCAUCCGACAGUAACGAUUCGCACAAAAAAUCGAAGAAGAAGCAGCACAGUCGCUCGCGCAGCCGAAGCCCCGACAAAAAACGCCAAAACUCUUUAAGUUCCAGAUGGUCUAGGUCGAGGUCGCCGCCCAAGAGACAUUCUAGAUCGGAUUCUAGGUCUCGCAGGGACUCGAACGGCUCCAAAAAGAAAUCUUCUAGGAGAUCGAGGUCGAGGUCCUAUUCGAGAUCGAGACGGUCGAGGUCGUCCUCGUACAGAAAAUCAAAAAGAUCGCGUACAAGGUCACGGUCGAGGGGAAGAUUCCGACGGACACGUUCCAGGGAGAGAAGCGUCUCCAGGAGUAGGUAUUCCAAGAGAUCGAGGUCCAGAUCGAACGGUAGGAGGUCGAGGAGGAGACGGUCGAGGUCUUCUAGUAGCGGCAGGGGUAAGAGGUCCCAGAGACAUUAAUCUACCGUGGAUGGAAAAGGUGGGUAGGAUAAUCCCGCAAAUCCAUUCUGAAAUAAUUUAUUGUACCUCCGUUUCAUUAUACAUACAUGUAAAUAUUUUCCGCUUUAACGAGGCACUGUAUGGUUGGACACCAUAUUAUUUUUUAGUUGUAGGUCUUCCUUUAAAAUAGUUUAUAUGUGAGUUAAGGAUUCUGUGGAUUGAAAUUUAAAAAUACAUGUUUAAGUCAAA